CAUUCUAGCUUUAUUUUCCAGAGAAAGUGGCUUUCCAGCCAUUUAUUAAAAAAAACAAAGACCAGGGUGUUUUUUUUCUGACAAAACAAAUUGUAACACUCACUAGGCAUAGCAUUCUAGUUAGUUCUGCAGAAAUUUAUAGCGACACUGGUCCAAAUUAGGAGGAGCGAGAGCGAAGGUACGAGUGAGGAUUUACAAUUGUCGAUCGUUUUCACCUAGAAACCCUAAUUUCGGGGGCUCGCACGCCCUCUCUGAUUAGAAGCGACUUCAUUAUCGGUCACUAGAAUCUGCUGCUUCUUUUCUGAAACUAGCAUUGUCAGGAACAUGGACACUAAGAAGAAAUCUAAGGAACAUGGCCUAUACCGUAUAGUCAAUGCUAUCGGUUAUGCAUUUGGAGCGGGAGCUGUUGGAGGUUCUGUAUAUCAUUUCGUGAGAGGGGCAUACAAUUCCCCAAUAGGUGCUCGAUAUGUUGGAGGAACACAAGCGGCUAGCAUGAAUGCUCCUCGCUUGGGAGGCACUUUUGCUGUAUUUGGAGGAUUGCUCUCAACAUUUGACUAUGCAUUGGUGCGCAUCAGGAAGAAGGAAGAUCCAUGGAACUCCAUCGUAGCGGGUGCUGCUACAGGUGGAGUUCUGUCUAUCCGAAAAGGGGUUGUUGCAGCUUCAACAUCAGCGGUUAUGUUUGGUUUUUUUUUGGCUGUACUCAACCCUCCGUUCGGGAGCAAGUAAGCUUUUUGGGUUGUCUUUGAUGAGAAUGUCAUUUAGACUUUCAUGAUAAUUGCCUUUUCGUUAUCAAUUCUUCAAAAUUACUGUUUCAUGGAAAGUUUAACAGAUUUCGUGGUUGAGAAUUUCUGAUCAUUUUUGUAUAAACGUCAUCAAGAACUAAUUAUUGCUAUUCAAGUGUUCCUUUUUGAA